GUAGAGCGGGCUGUGCCCAGCCAACAAAGGGCUGCUGCGCCGGCACUGAUUCGCGCGCGCCUGUUCCGCGGCGCCCCUCGGACAAUAGUAUAUGGGCCCCGACUUGCGAGGUAGCCGAGGAAAAACCUUGCUGCUCCAGCCGUGCACGCGCGAGCAUUGACUCGUCGAUUGGCGCGACACUGUCGCAGAGCGGCACCGCUGCCGCUGCUAGCGCUGUCCAGCCCAUCAGCAAGCCCGGCUGCCAAUGCGGCUGUGGCGAUGGAACGCCCUGCUGCUGCGGCACGGUCACGAUGCGGCUCGCCAACUACGACCCCGCGCUGAAUCCGGACGAGUUCUUUGAGCUCUGCCGCUGCGAUUGUUCAGACUGUCGUUGCAACAGCGCGGAACAAUACGCAAAGGCCGCCUUCCCCGACUCCGGCCUGCCGCCGCCCGCCUUCACCUUCCGCUACGCCGCCAGCCCCGCCCCCGGCGCCCCGCCCCCCGCCGCCUCCGCCCGCCCGCUCUCCCCGCCGUCCCUGGGGUCUCAGCACCAGCAGCAAAACCAGCUGCCGCCGCGCAGUCCCAGCAGCGGAGCCGGCGGCGGCAGCCGCGCAGAUGCCGCCGCCGCCGCCGCCGCCGCCGCCGCCACUGCGGCCCGGCGGCGCAGCCUGGCACGGCAGCUUCUGGUGGAGGCUCGCAGCCUGGGGGUUGCGGGCGUGCAGGUGGACGGCCGGCGCGGCGUGGUGGAGGUGUGGGCGCGGCCGGAGGACGGCGCCGGCGGCGGCGCCUUCGGCAGUAGCACCGGCACCUUCGGCAGUAGCACCGGAGCCUUCGGCAGUAGCAGCAGCAGCGCCAGCCUGAGCAGCAGCGCUCCCAAGGCGCUGCGCUCGGCUCUGGCGGGACUGCUGACGAAGCUGGGGUUCGGGGCGGGCGCGCCGCCGGGCGCCACGCCCUGGGCCACACCCGCCGCCACGCUUGCGGUGACGCCCGCCGCCACGCCCUCUGUCAGCGGAAAUGGCUUGGCGUCGCUGGACGCCCACCACCCGCACGCCUCGCCCACCGCCUCCGCCGCCUCCGGCACCAACGCUACGGGUGUCGCCGCCCUCCUGUCCCCGGGCCACCCCGCCUCCCACCCCGCCCCCACCGCCGCCGCCUCCCUCGCUCACCCUGUGAUGGUCAUUGAGGACGAGGCGCCGGCCGAGCUGGCGGGAAUGGCGGCCCUGGCGGAUGCGAUGGCGCCGCCUGCGCCCUUUGGGUCGCCGGCGGUGGCGCCCGCGCACCUGGCUCUGAGCGGCAGCGGCAGCGGCAGUGGCAGCGGACGCGAUGGUGGUGGUGGUGCUGCUGCUGCUAUGGGGCCGGGCCUGACGUCGGCCUUCGCCGCGGCGUCUGCACAACAUCCACAGCCGCAGCAGCAGCCGCAGCAGCAGCCGCAACAGCCGCCACAGGCAGGCGCGGCGGCGGCGGCUCUGCUGCACAGCCCCCGUGCCGCUGGCGCCGCCCCCGCCCCCGCCACAGCCGCCCCCGCCGGCCCCGCCUCCCGCGCCGCCUCCCGCGCCGCCUCCCGCGCCGCCUCCGGCGCUUUAGCGCUCCCGCCCUCGCUGCUGUCCGGCCUACCGCCCAUCCUGCGCACCGCGCACUUCCACGUGACCGGCAUGACCUGCGCUUCCUGCGUGGCGGCGCUGGAGGCGCAGCUGGGUCGGCUGCCGGGGGUGGGCGGCGUGAGCGUCAGCCUCAUGACGGAGCGGGCGGCGGUGGACUACGACCCGGGGGUCGUGGGGCUGCCGGAGCUGCUGGACGCCAUCGAGGGCUGCGGCUUCGAGGGCGCGCUGGCCACGGAGGGGCAGCAGGAGCCGGGCGCUGCCCGCCUGGCCAUCCGCGGCAUGACCUGCGCGGCCUGCAGCGGUGCGGUGGAGGCGGCGCUGCGGGCGCUGCCGGGCGUGACCGAGGCCAGCGUCAACCUGCUGGCGGGGCAGGCGGCCGUCAAGUACGAUCCGGGCGUAGUGGGCGGCCCGCGCGACCUGAUCGAGGCGGUGGAGGCGGCGGGCUACGGCGCGGCGCUGUGGAAGGAGGGGCAGGACGACGCGGGAGGAGCGCUGCACGUCCACGAGGCGCUCAAGUGGCGGCGGCAGCUGCUGGUGUCUCUGGCCUUCUCGGCGCCGCUGCUGCUGUUGGCCAUGGCGGCCAUGCUGCCGCCGCUCAUGGAGCCGCUGGAGCACGGCUGGCUGGUGUGCGGCCGCGUGCCAGCGCUGUGGCUGGUGGAGCUGGCGCUGGCGGCGCCCGUGCAGUUCGUUUGCGGCGCGCCCUUCUACAGGAGCGCCUUCGCCUCCCUCCGCCACGGCGCCGCCAACAUGUCGCUGCUGGUGGCGCUGGGCACCAGCGCCGCAUUCGGCUACAGCCUGUGCUCCAUGCUGCUGGCGGCUGUAGCAGAGGGCGGCGGCGGCGGCGGCAGUAGCGAAGGAGGCGGAGGCGGCAUGGGCGGCGGCGGCGGGGGCGGCGUGUACUUUGAGACCAGCGCCCUGAUCAUCACGUUUGUGCUCAUGGGCAAAUGGCUGGAGUCCAACGCCAAGGCGCGCACCGCGGACGUGGUGGGUCGGCUGCUGGGUCUGGCGCCCAAGACCGCCACACUACUGCGCGUGGACCCGGGCAGCGGGCGCACGGUGGCGGAGAGGGAGAUACCCGUGGAGCUGGUGCAGGUGGGCGACAUCCUGCGUGUGCCGCCCGGCGCCGCGGUGCCCGCGGACGGCGUGGUGCUGGCGGGGCGCAGCGGCGUGGACGAGAGCAUGGUCACGGGCGAGAGCCUGCCCGUGCGCAAGGUGGUGGGAGCGCAGCUGAUCGGCGGCAGUGUGAACGGCGAGGGCGUGCUGCACAUGCGCGCGGCGGCGGUGGGCGGCGACACGGUGCUGGCCGGCAUUGCGCGGCUGGUGCAGCAGGCGCAGACCAGCAAGGCGCCGGUGCAGGCGGUGGCCGACUCCAUCGCCUCCUACUUCGUGCCUGCCAUCGUGCUGAUCUCCCUGCUGGUGCUGCUGGGCUGGCUGGCGGCGGGGGCGGCGGGCUGGGUGCACCCGGGCGACCUGCCGCCGGGCGUGAGUGUGCGGCUGCUGGCGCUGCUGCACGCCAUCAGUGUGGUGGUCAUCGCCUGCCCCUGCGGUCUGGGGCUGGCCACACCCACCGCGGUCAUGGUGGGCACGGGCGUGGCGGCGCGCAUGGGCAUCCUGAUCAAGGGCGGUGCCGCACUGGAGCGCGCCCACAACACACGCGUGGUGGUGUUCGACAAGACCGGCACACUCACACGGGGCGACUGCGCAGUGCAGCACCUCAUCCCGCUGGAUCCAACGACCGGUGCGCCGAUGCCGGAAUCCGGAUCCGACUUCGUACCUGAAACCGCAACCGCAACCGCCGAGAGUACGGCGGCGCCGCACUGGCCACGCCGCGAGCUGCUGUGCCUGCUGGCGGCGGUUGAGUCUUCCUCGGAGCAUGUGCUGGCGCGUGCCGUCGUGUCGUACUGCGCCGUAGACCUGCUGGCGGCCGAGCCGCCAACCGCCGCCGGAGCCGCAACCGCAACCGCCGCCGGCACGCGCGCCGCCGCCGCCGCCGUGGCGGCGCGCGACGUCCACGUGCGUGACUUCACAGCGGUGCCAGGCCGCGGCGUCACAGCCGUCGUGGAGGUCACGCCGGCCGCCGCGGCGGCGCUGCGCGCCGCCCUAGGCGCUGCCGCGCCGGCGGCGCUCCGCGGCGGCGGCGGCGGCGGCGGCAGCUGCUGUGGCGGCGGCGGCGCCGCCGCCGCCACUGGCGGCCCGGUUUCGUUGACCGUUGCGAUUGGCAACGCGGCGUGGAUGGCCGAGAACGGUGCGGAGUUGGCGGGCGGCGCGGCGGCGGUGUUGCGGCGGCUGGAGCGGCGGGCGGGGUGCACGGUGGUGGGCGUGGCGGUGGGCGGCGUGGCGGCGGCGCUGGUGGCGCUGAGGGACAGCGUCAAGCCCGAGGCCCGGGCGGUGGUGGCCACGCUGCGCCGCAUGGGCAUGGACGUGUGGAUGGCCACUGGGGACUCCAGGCGUGUGGCUCGAGCCGUGGCCGGCGAACUGGGCCUGCCGCCCCGCCGCGUGCUGGCAGAGGCGACACCCGCCGCCAAGCUGGAGCUGAUCCGGCAGCUGCGGGCCGGCGGCGUGGAGGUCGGCGGCGGCAGUAGCAGCAGCAGCAGCGGCAGUAGCAGUGGGGGUGGCGGCGGAGGCGGCGGAGACAGUGGCGGUGCGGAGGAGGCGGCGCCGGUGCAGCUGCAGGUGCUGUCGGAGGACGAGGGGGAGGAGGAGGAAGGGGAGGCGGAGGGCGGUGCGGCGGAGGCCGGCAAGAAGCCGCCGCCGCCGCCGCCGCCACACGUGGUGGUGCGCGUGCUGGACACCACCGCCGCCGCCGCCGCCGCCGCUACUGCCACGGGUUAUAACUGUACGGCCGUGUCCACCAACGACAACGACCUGACAGCACCACUGCUGCCGCGGGCCGGCGGCGGCGGCGGCGGCGGCAGGCAACAGCGCAGCAGCGCCGCCGCGGCCAAGGCCGCCGCCGCCGCGGGCGCCGGCGGCGGCGCCAGCUGCUGCGGCAAGCCGCCGCUCAAGGCCGCUGCUGCUGCAGCCAAGCCGCGGGUGGUGGCGAUGGUGGGCGACGGCAUCAACGACAGCCCGGCUCUGAGCGAGGCUGACGUGGGGGUGGCCAUUGGCGCCGGCACGGACAUUGCCAUGGAGGCGGCGAGCGUAGUGCUGAUGCGCAAUAACCUGGAGGACGUGGUGGUGGCCCUGGAUCUGUCACGCGCCGUGUUCCGCCGCAUCCUGCUCAACUUCGCCUGGGCCUACGGCUACAACGCCGCCGCGGUGCCGCUGGCGGCGGGCGCGCUGUGGCCGCUGACGCACGCGCUGGUGCCGCCCUGGGUGGCGGGCGCCGCAAUGGCGCUCAGCAGCGUCAGCGUGGUGGCGAGCUCGUUGGCGCUUAAGGGAUAUCGCCGGCCGGCGGUGCGGGAGUAGUAGCGAUGCGGGAGGAGGGCGGGAGGAGGGCGGGAGGAGGGCGGGAGGGCGGGAGGAGGGGGGUUGAGGAGGAGGAGGAGGGGGGGGGGUUUAGGAGGAGGAGGAGGAGGAGGAGGAGGAGGAGGAGGAGGAGGAGGAGGAGGAGGAGGAGGAGGAGGAGGAGGGCGGGAGGAGGAGCGCGGGGGGUGGAAGGGGGGGGUCUUGUGGACGGGCUGUAGUCUUGCAAGCAAGCCAGCAGGCGAUGAGAUAUUGCAUGGAUGGAUGUGUGGGAGGAUGGAUUUGGCGAUACUGUAUUUGUUCGGGACUCGGGGAGGAGCAGUACUGUGGCGUCGUACAGCCUUCGCUGCACUAGUGCACUGGGCCGCCCGGCCCAUCCGGAGCUGUAGCAGGGCCCAAGCAAGGGAAGCAGCAGGUAGAGCACUGGGGCGCCCCGGGCGUGUGUAUGCUUUAUGUUGAGGCCGGCGGUGGGCUGUUGUGUUGAUGGACGCGCGUGUAUUGCCGGACCUGCUGAAAAGGAUGUAACGGCGCCUCGAU